AUAUUGUCACUCGUUGAAUCCUAAACUCCGGUAUGCCUAGCGAUAUUUUUCAACGCCAUUGACGACGCUUUAUAUACCACUGGUAAAUCUCUCCUCUGUUUUUUCCUAUUUUCCGAUUUCUUCUUUGUUAAGAAUUCUAUGUAUGAUGAAUUUAGCUGAGUGAAGAAGAUGAAUUUUAGCUGAGUGAAAGCUUAUGAUAGUCUGGUGAAAUCUUUAAUCCAUUUAGGUUCAAUCUGGUGCAAGUUUGUUUUUACUGUAUUAUGCGCCUCUUUAUUUGUUUGUGUGGAUGUAAUGAAGAGUAUGGAGCUAAAAGGAUCAAAUUAUGGUUUUAUUCUAGCUUAGGCUGACCUGUCUAAGGUUCUCUUGUCUGGUCUGUACUUUUACAUUGACUUUUUUCUUGUGCUUGAUUUGAAUCAGUGACUGUUCUUUUAGUUUUGAGUAUGUUAAUGAUCGCGAGGAAAGCUUUGGCCUCGGCGCAUACUAAGGCGUUUCGUUUGGCAACAAGGGAUGUACAUUGCUUUAGUUCCAUCUUAGUGUCUCCUCCUCUCGUGUCACUUGACUUGCCUGAAAAUUGGAUUCCUUACUCUGAUCCUCCACCUCCUGUUUCCUUUGAGACUGAACAGAAGACUGUGGUGAUAGAUGGUAAUGUUAUCGCUGAGGAAAUCAGAACAAAGAUUAUUAGUGAAGUGGGGAAGAUGAAAAAGGCUGUUGGAAAAGUCCCUGGUCUUGCUGUUGUUUUGGUUGGUGAACAAAGAGACUCGCAAACUUAUGUUCGCAACAAAAUUAAAGCUUGUGAAGAAACUGGCAUUAAAUCUGUUUUGGCUGAAUUACCAGAGGAUUGUACUGAAGGACAGAUUAUCAGUGUAUUGAGAAAAUUCAAUGAAGACACGUCUAUUCACGGAAUUCUUGUGCAACUUCCUUUACCCCAAGUAUGUUUCUCAUUUUUUUCUUUGGACGUUGUGAUGGGGGAUGUUAGUGUUGUUGAUGUCAAAGAUUAGUUCUAUGUUAGGAGGUCAAGUAGUUACGUUUACUUUGUUUUCAUACUUGUAUGUAGAAAUUCUUGAUUCAUAUAUUUUCAUCGACCAUGGACUCAUGCAUAACAUUUUCCCCUUUAAGGUUUCCUUUUCGUUGGUAGGUAAAGCAUUUAAUUUACAGGUUAUGCGAUAGAGCAUCUUACUUGUGGAGCUCUUUUUCAGGAGAACGUUCUUGUAUUUUGUUGGUUUCCUUUCCUUUUUUUUUUUUUUUCUCAUGAGUCCAAUCAUUUAAUGGAAGAUAUCUUGUACAGCAUCUUAAUGAAUCAAAAAUCUUGAAUAUGGUGAGAUUGGAGAAAGAUGUUGAUGGGUUUCAUCCAUUAAACGUGGGGAAUCUUGCAAUGAGAGGGAGGGAACCGCUGUUUGUAUCUUGCACUCCUAAGGGCUGUGUGGAGUUGUUGAUAAGAACGGGUGUUGAAAUAGCAGGAAAAAAUGCUGUGGUCAUAGGCAGAAGCAACAUCGUUGGACUACCAAUGUCUUUAUUAUUGCAGAGGCAUGACGCGACAGUAAGCACGGUGCAUGCGUUUACAAAGGAUCCAGAGCACAUUACUAGGAAGGCGGAUAUCGUUAUAGCAGCAGCGGGUAUACCUAAUUUAGUUCGUGGAAGUUGGCUUAAGCCUGGAGCAGUUGUCAUUGAUGUUGGAACAACUCCAGUCGAGGAUAGUAGCUGUGAGUUUGGUUACCGUCUUGUCGGGGAUGUAUGUUACGAGGAAGCGUUAGGUGUUGCCUCGGCUAUCACUCCCGUACCGGGAGGAGUUGGACCUAUGACGAUCACCAUGCUACUAUGCAAUACUUUGGAGGCUGCUAAGCGGAUCUUCCUCUGAGUAUGGUAUCUCUGUCUAUUACUAAAUAUAUUUUGUAAUGUUAGAUAGGAGACUCCAUGCUGUUCGAGUUAUUAACGAUCUCUUUUGAAUUAUUGUAUAAUAGACCUGGCGAUUGUGAUGCCAUGGUUUAUCCUAACUCAUCAGCAUCUUUAGCAUCAAGUUCAACUAAACAAGUAUUCAUGUUUUCGUUUCAUUGGCUUUUAGAAGAUGAGAAUCCAUUUAGUUAUAAUUUAAAACUUAAGGUAGUUAGAUCACUGGUCCUACUAGCAGCUAAAGUAGGAGGAAUGUUGCGUCUUACAUCAACGAUAGAAGAUGACUCAAGCAAGAGGUGUCACAUGAAGGAUCACGAAAUAUUUGCUUCCUACGAUAUUUU